GUUGGCACAAACAGAAUACAAGUAGAGAAGAUAGUAGGCCCCUCUAUACUACCGGGGACACCUUAUUGCUCUGUGAUUAAUGCUUUGAUUAUCAUCAGAAGAAGACUGUGAAAGUAACUGAAUGCCAAGCAUUUUUGACCACUGAAAGGAUACCAAGGACCCCAUCUAUGACAAUUCUCAUAACAGGGGUACCGUGUUUUGAAGAUGACCGUCACUUACUCUAGUAAAGUAGCCAAUGCUACAUUCUUUGGGUUCCAUCGACUACUCAUGAAAUGGAGAGGCAGCAUCUACAAACUGCUCUACAGAGAGUUCUUUAUGUUUAUCAGCUUAUACACUGCACUAAGCAUCAUCUACAGAUUCUUUCUUACAGAUAUUCAAAAACGUUACUUUGAAAAGCUGGCACUUUAUUGUGACAGAUACGCUGAACAAAUCCCAGUAACAUUUGUGCUAGGUUUUUAUGUCACCCUAGUGGUAAACAGAUGGUGGAACCAGUUUGUGAAUCUCCCUUGGGCUGACAGACUUAUGCUCCUAAUCUCCAGCAACGUACAUGGAAGGGAUGAAUAUGGACGUCUCCUUCGGAGGACACUAAUGCGUUAUGUAAACCUCACAUCCUUACUGAUCUUCCGCUCAGUCAGCACUGCUGUUUUUAAGAGAUUCCCAACCAUGGACCAUGUUGUAGAAGCAGGAUUUAUGACUGCUGAUGAAAGAAAAAUAUUUGAUAACCUUAAAUCUCCUCAUCUUAAAUAUUGGGUGCCAGUCAUUUGGUUUGGAAAUUUGGCAUCAAAAGCAAGGGCUGAAGGGAGAAUUCGUGACAGCGUAGAUCUACAAUUAAUGAUGAAUGAGAUGAACCAAUAUCGCUCCUGGUGUGGUCUUCUCUUUGGUUAUGACUGGGUCGGUAUUCCCCUUGUAUACACACAGGUAGUUACACUGGCUGUUUACACCUUUUUCUUUGCUUGUUUAAUUGGACGCCAGUUCUUAGAUCCAGAACAGUCAUACCCAGGACAUGACUUAGAUCUGUACAUUCCAGUUUUCACUCUGCUACAGUUCUUUUUCUAUGCAGGGUGGCUUAAGGUUGCUGAACAACUAAUUAACCCUUUUGGUGAAGAUGAUGAUGAUUUUGAAACUAACUGGUGCAUAGACAGAAAUUUCCAGGUUUCUCUCAUGGCAGUAGAUGAAAUGCACAUGAACUUACCGAAGAUGACUAAAGAUAUUUACUGGAACGAGUCUGAUGCACGACCACCCUACACAUUGGCAGCAGCUGAUUACUGUAUCCCUUCAUUUUUGGGAUCAACUGUUCAUAUGGGGCUUCCAGACUCUGUAUUUCUACAUGAGGAUUGGCUUUUGGAUGAGGAAAAGCACAGAAGACAAAAUUCUGUUGUAAGAAGAGUGAAGAGGUUCUUAAGUGUUCACGAGCACCCUGAGUCUCCUACUCGGAGAGCUUUCAGUCGACAAGGAAGUGAUACUUCUAAUUUAUUUUUUCCUGCUAAUGAAACAGGUAAUAUUGGUAGCUACCAUGAAGUGCCUCAUAGGGGAAGAUCUCAUUUAAUUCAUGUUAAAAGACAUGAAUCAUCAGAAAAGAAUCCUGUGCCCCACACCCCUAGAGGUGAUUUGUCAACAAUUCGGGAGGCUAGUAGAUCUGAUACGUCAGAAAGACAAUCAUCCCAUGACAGCAAAAAUACACCUAGCUCACCUCUGCAUGUCCCUGAAGUUGUGGUUACUACAACCGAUGAGACCAUACCAGUUCCAAAAUAUAAUGAGCCUUUGCAGUCAAAUCCACCCACAGCUACAAAUACUUCACCAAGCACAGUGGAACACCACACCACUAAUGACAUGGAAGAUGAUACAACUAUUGUUAAACAGAAUGUCCUAGAAGAAAGACAAACCAGUCUACAGGUGCCAACAGAUGAGAGAAAGUCAGAGAGCUGUGAACAAGAGCAACCGAAGAUUUCUCAUAGAUGGAGUGAAACAGUAUUUCCAUCACACAGUCCUGUAGCCAGUGCAAAACCAAUUGGGAAAUCAUUACAGGACAUCCCCUAUGCAUUGUCUACUGAAAAUAGAAAGUCUGCUGAUGGGAAGGACUCUAGGCCAACACCUCCCCCUCCCCCGGAAGAGGAAAUGUUUGAGUUAAUAAAGCAUAUAGAUGCCAAAGAAACCGACAUUAUUGAUUAUAGCGAUGAAAACAAAGAAGGCAAUAUAUGAAAGGAAUCAACAAUAAAACAAGUAUUGUGAAAAUACAAUUAUACAUCGUACAAGAAAGCACAAUUAUUCAUUACUAUUUUUCAAUAAUUGUUUUUGUACCAAAAAUGUGGAUUGACUCGGAUAAACUACACCUCAUGUCACCAAGUUCACAGAACACAGCCUUCCAUCGUCUGCACUUUUGGAUAAGGCACUCUCAAACCAAUAUCUACAAUAUAAUACUGAUAUAAUGAUGUCAGAUACCUCAAUAAUAUCAAAUAUUUCACAGACAUUUACAUUUGUUUCAGUAAAGCUUGGGCACCUGCAUCGAUUUUAACAAGUUGCAGUUCUAUACCCGUCAACAGUCCUGGAUCGCUCUGGACAGGCCUACCUUUUGCUUGCUCGCCCAUCAUUUUUAUCAUAUUUUAAUCUUUUGAAAAUGAAAAUCAGCUACUGUUUUUUUUCCAUUAA